AUGGGUAUUCCAGCUGCCUUCCGAUGGCUCUCAAGCAAGUACCCGAAGAUUAUAUCUUCGGUCGUCGAAGAGCAGCCCGUCACCAUGGACGACGGCACGGUCAUCCCAGUCGACUACACGAGAUCCAACCCCAACGGAGAAGAAUUCGACAACCUGUACCUCGACAUGAAUGGCAUCGUUCACCCAUGCUCGCAUCCCGAAGACCGUCCCCCCCCCAAGGAUGAAGAGGAGAUGAUGAUGGAGGUGUUCAAGUAUACCGAUCGUGUCGUUAACAUGGUACGGCCCCGAAAAGUCCUCAUGAUUGCUGUCGAUGGAGUCGCUCCCCGCGCCAAGAUGAAUCAGCAAAGAUCCAGGCGCUUCCGGACAGCGCAAGACGCGAAACAGAAGGAGGAAGACAAGCAAGAGCUUCUGAAGCUGCUCAAGCAGCAGAACGGCGGUGUUCUUGCUGCAGAAUCGCUCGAGACGGUGACCAAAAAGGCUUUCGACUCCAACUCCAUUACUCCCGGAACCCCCUUCAUGGACAUCUUGGCGGCCAGCUUGAGGUACUGGUGUGCUUACAAGCUCAACACGGACCCUGCCUGGGCCAGCCUCAAAAUAAUCAUCUCUGAUGCAACCGUGCCGGGCGAAGGCGAGCACAAAAUCAUGGACUUUGUGCGCUCUCAGAGAUCCUCGCCCGACCAUGACCCCAACACACGCCAUGUCAUCUAUGGUUUGGAUGCUGACUUGAUCAUGCUCAGCCUGGCUACUCAUGAACCCCAUUUCAGGGUCCUUCGUGAGGAUGUUUUCUUUCAAGAGUCCAAGGCUAGGAUGUGCAAGCUUUGUGGACAAAAAGGCCAUGAAGCGAGGGCAUGCCAGGGCGAAGCUAAAGAGAAGGCUGGUGACUUUGACGAGAAGGACAAGGCUCAUCCGCUGAAGCCGUUCAUCUGGCUUCAUGUCUCUGUGCUCCGCGAGUAUCUCGCUGUCGAACUUGACGUUCCUGGCCUUCCCUUCCGCUGGGAUUUGGAGCGGGCAAUCGACGAUUGGGUCUUCCUGUGUUGCUUCGUCGGAAACGACUUCCUCCCACAUCUACCGGCUCUGGAAAUCCGGGAAAACGGCAUCAAUACCCUCACGUCAAUCUGGAAGGAGAAUCUCCCAUACAUGGGCGGUUAUGUGACCAAGGACGGCCAUAUCGACCUGGAGAGAGCCCAAGUUAUCAUGUCCGGGCUGGCAAAGCAGGAAGAUGCGAUUUUUAGGCGUAGGAAGCAGCAGGAGGAUCGUCGAGAGGAGAACGCAAAGCGACGCAAGCUCCAGGACCAAAGCAGCCGACGUGGAUAUCAGCAAGAGGCGCCUUUGUCCAACAGCAAGAAUAGAGAUCAGGCUUACAUCAACAAUUCUGACUCCAUCAGUCUACGCGCCAUAUCCGACAUUCCUGCCGAUCUCCCCAGAAACAUGACACACGAUAUGGUUGUAAACCGAGGAGCUGUCCAACAGGCGAAUCUUGCAAACAAGAGCGCCGCCAGUGUUCUCAAGAGUCGGAUGCAAGGCCACGCUUCCCAGGCAGCCCCGGACACCCCGAAGAAAACCGACGAUGCCCCUCAGAAUGAUGCCAGCGAUGCUCUCACGACGCCGCCUACGGUACUAGGAAAGCGUAAGGCCGCUAUCGAGACAAAUGACGACGAUGCUUCCAGCACCCCGGGCGCAGCAACUCCAGGGACACCGAGCGUCAGCACUGCGGACGGACCCGUUGAUACCGUGAGGCUCUGGGAAGAAGGCUACGGCGAUCGGUAUUACGCACAGAAGUUUCACGUCGACCCCAAGGAUAUCGAGUUCCGUCACAAGGUGGCCCGCUCUUACGUUGAGGGACUCGCUUGGGUACUUUUGUACUACUUUCAGGGCUGUCCUUCGUGGGAUUGGUAUUACCCAUAUCACUACGCACCGUUUGCUGCAGACUUUGUGGACUUGAGCAAGAUGAAGAUAUCAUUCGAGAAGGGCCGCAUCUCGAAGCCGUUCGAGCAGCUCAUGAGCGUCCUUCCAGCUGCCUCACGGCAUGCACUCCCGGAGGUCUUCCACGACUUGAUGCUUAACCAGGACAGUGAAAUCAUCGACUUUUAUCCCGAGGAUUUCGAGGUUGACCUGAACGGGAAGAAGAUGGCCUGGCAGGGUGUGGCCUUACUCCCUUUCAUCGACAUGUCCCGUCUUCUAGAGGCGGUGGAAAAGAAAUACCCACUGCUCAGCCGUGAAGACCAAGUCCGCAACGGCGUCGGGAAGGUUCUCUUGAUGUUGUCCGAUGCGCACCCAGGUCUGUACGACGAAAUCACGACCAACUUCUAUUCCAAGCGUCAGGGAGCCCCGAAGUUCAAGCUCGACCCAAGGACGAGCGACGGCCUCGCGGGUAGAGUCGAAAAAGUGGACGAGUACUUGCCACACGGCUCGCUGGUCUACCCGUUGGAGCGCAGUGCGAUGCCCGAUAUCGAAUACGACCGGUCUUUGAGUGUUCACUAUGAAAUACCCUCACAGUCUCACGGCCAUAAAUCAAUGCUUCUCCGAGGGGUAAAGCUGCCCGAUGUGGUCCUUGAUCGGAACGACAAGGAGCAGUUGAAGAGCAAGACUUCUCGGUCGGGCCGCAACCAUGGCGGCGCUCCCUUCAAUAAUCGGGGUGGCUAUCACGGAGGUGGACGCAAUGAGGGCCGUAACGAACCAGGCUACUAUGGUUCGAGCGGCUCGUAUGCCCGGCCGCAGCCUUCGUAUGGUGGGAGGAACGACUAUAACUCACGCGAUCAGUACAGUGGACUGCCGCCUCCACCGCCCCCUGGCUCGGGAUGGGCGCCCCCUCCGCCUGGGUAUCCCGGCUUUGGCAUGGGCCACCCUCCGCCACCGCCUCCGGCGCACUUGUCAGGAGGCAGCGAUGGGCGUGGUCACAACCAGAGUUGGAAUCAGGGCUACGCCGGCGCAUAUCCUCCUCCACCUCCUCCUCAUCGUUACCCUCAGACCGGAUACCAACAAGGAUACGGUCGCGGUUCUCGUGCGCCUUCGGGCUAUGAUGGUCGGGGCUCUCGACCUUACGACAACCGCGAUCGCAAUCGCAACUAUCGCGGUUCAGGGGGCUACUGA